AUGUUUCAACAACUAUGUGGUACGAUGGCUCUUAAGAGUGUUCCUUCUGCACUCCAGUUCAAGACUUGCGAUCUCUUUGGAAACCCUUUAAAACCUUUUAAUAUCUUUCCAAUACAAACUAAGAAUUUUCAAAUGAGGACAUUAGUGGCCAAAAGAAGAGCAAAUACUCGAACGGAAAGUGCGAAAAUCAGAAAUAGAAGAAUACUAAAGAAGUUUAACGGCACACGAACAAAACCAAGGCUGUCAGUUUUCUGUUCAACUAAACAGUUGUAUGCUAUGCUGGUAGAUGACCAAAACAGAAAGUGUUUAUUUUACGGAAGCACUUUGCAGCAACCUUUACGCAGCGAUCCCCCUCGUAGCACCAUUGAAGCUGCUGAAUGUCUUGGCGAAGAGCUCAUUAAGGCCUGUAUGGAUCUUAAGAUCAAUGAAAUAUCAUCUUAUGAUCGCAAUGGUUUUGCUCGUGGGGAGAGAAUGCAAGCUUUUGAGAUUGCAAUUUCUCGUCAUGGAUUCUUACCAAGAUAG